AUGAGGAUAACAUUUCCAAAUCCACUGGGACCACCCAUAUCUUUCGAUACGGCCAAUAUCCCAUCCGGUCCUCCUAUCCUGUCGCGUCUAACCUCUCAUCCAAGACGAGCCCAGAUUCGCGUCUUAUUAUUGAUUCUCAUAUCGCUCCUGCUGUUAUCUUGGAGACCAUCACCGCCUUUCCCACCGGAUUACGCUAGAGAAUGGUCACUGGAGCGAACAUUACCAAAGUCGUACAAUCGACCCUUGAUCGAGGGCAAAGAAGGGAGGUAUAUCAAAUUCGAGUCUCCGAAACCGACCGGGUUCAAUCAUCAAAUGCAACGUGUGUUAUUACAGCAUCACCUGGCAGUCCUCAGUAAUCGGUCCUAUGCAUAUGAGCCAUUGGUCCAGGAUGACACGCGCUUUCCCUUUGUCCUCACAUUUCCACCAUGGAGAUCCGCCAGGGUUCCACUGUCCGCCCUGAUCUCCACAGUGACGUCUGGUUUCGAGAGAUUUUUUGACAACCCCCGAGCCGUUCCCUACUCCCACUACCGAUCCAUCUGUCCCUCGUGGAAAGAGACGGUCUACCAGCUCAAGGAUGCCGAUCACCCAGAUGGCAACCUGGAUGUGUCGCUUGAUGCUCAAAUGCGUGUCCAUCAAUUACAAGCCUUGUUCGCUGGAAACGAUGCCAAGUGUCUGCGUAUACAAGGGCCAGUAUUCGGUGACGACUUCUUCGAUUCUGAAUCGCUACUACAGCUCCAACAAUCUUUCAUCCAAUCACCCGUCUUGCAACACUUCACCAUGUCACCCACCGUCUUGUCCGUCGUCAAUCGUGAAAUGCAUCGACUGGCACCUGACAGUGCGCCAUAUGAUCUGACUCGGGUAGGCACCGCUUUCACUGCGGAGGGAGUCAGACCUGGAUCCAAUUGGAAACACAUCUUGGCAUUGCAUCUUCGGCACGGGGAUUCUUGGUCUCAAACAUGCCACGAUAAGGGCAUGAAGUCUGCUCCAUUCGUCGGUUGGACUAAAAUUCCCGAAUUUCCCGGAAACGAAAAUGUUCCUCCCCCCGCCGAUAUGGCUGAAGCUGCGCGGUUGGGCCUGUACAAGGCCAAAUGCUCACCCGACACGCUCGAUAUCAUUGCUCGAGCACGGAGAAUGAGAAAGAACCAUCCAUUCUUACAUACAGUCUACAUCUUGACCGACGGCGUGACGCCUUGGGGAGAGGAAGUGAAAAUGUGGUUGUUGUCUGAAGGCUGGGAAAAUGUGUGGCUGAGUCCGAAAGAUAUAUGGCCAGAUUGGCAAGACGGAGAGAUCGGCGUAGGAGUGGAUAUGGAAGUGGCGAGGCGGAGCGGCGUGUUCGUCGGCAACGGGUUCUCCACGACCGGCUCCAAUAUCGCUCUCUUGCGCUUAAGGGAUGGCAUACAUCCCGAUCUCACUCAAUUUUGGUAG